UCAAAAGAAAAUUGUGUGUGUCUGGUGCCUGCUAACGAAGAAAAAAAACUUAACUCAAUUUUGUAACUUCAUAUUUUUUGUACGGAAGCAGAAAAGUUUUCUAUUUUUUGAAAAUUUUCACAUUCUUUAUAAAUGAAGUGCAACAAACCUAAGCGGGCAUAGGAAAGAAUAUUCAUACAAGAACAAAUACAAGUAUGGGAAAGGCAUGAGAUUUGCAAGUUGAAAAACUGGAAAGAUGAAUUAAAAAGGGGGGAAAUUGGAGUCUAUUUUCACUGCAUGUCCUCGUCGUCAGGUAGUGCAAGAAGAUUUCGUAUCCAUAUCCUCUCUUAGCAAAAAUUCUUUUGCUAAACCCACAGUUUCUAUGCGUAUUCUAUUUAGGACCGAUAUGAUAUAAGUGGGUUUAUAAUAGAAAAAUAAGCCAACACACCUUAUAUCUCGCACUUAAAUUACAAUAAGAUCAACCAGCCAAAACAAAUAGCAACAAAAUAUUUAUAUAUCCCAAAAAUAUAUUUGAAACUUAAUUGGUAACAUCGGCCUACCUGAACUCCUUCAGAGCUUGAUUUCCGAAACUUGGCAGAAAUGCACAUAAAAAAUUUGCAACAUGCCCAUGCGGCUUCAGCCGCUAUGGGAAAUUGUGAGAUUGUCAUUGUGUCAUCGUCGCCGAACAAUGCUGCAGCGGGUACCAACAAUAAUAACAACAAUACUAAUAGCAACAAUAAUAAUGAGAAUAACACCGUAGCACACCAUCAGCAGCAACAGCAAUCCCAACAACAACAACAGCAGCAGCAGCACCAGGCCCCAACUACAACAGAAAUACCGAUUCCGUUCAAUAUGCAUCUAGCUGCUGCCAACACCGAAGCGCACGUUGCUGCUCAAGCGGCUGCUAUGGCGGCGGCACAAGCGGCCGCUGCCCAGGCUGCCGCCGCUGAGCAACAGCAAGCAUCGGGUGGCAGUAACGGUGCAAAUGCCGCAACAAUUUUGCAGCAACAUCCCUUAGCGCAUCUGGUAGCGACAGCAGCGCAUAGUCCAGCGUUGUCAGAGCAUCACUUCGCUGCCGGCCGGGAAGUGGUUGCAAACGGUCACAGUGCGGGCAGCAGUACGAACGGUGGCGGAGGCGGUGGUGCCAACAGCAGCGGCAGUAGCGGUGGCGGUGGUGGCCAUGAAAAACCCUUUCUCUGCAGCGUCUGCGAUCGGCGGUUUCGACAGUUAAGCACACUUACCAACCACGUAAAAAUACAUACCGGCGAGAAACCCUACAAAUGUAACGUUUGUGAUAAAACCUUUCGUCAAUCGUCCACGCUAACGAAUCACCUAAAAAUACACACCGGCGAAAAACCAUUUAAUUGCACAUAUUGUCCGAAGAAUUUCCGGCAAUUAAGCACUCUAACAAAUCAUGUGAAAAUCCAUACAGGUGAGAAACCGUUCGAAUGUGCCGUUUGUAAGAAACAAUUCCGUCAAUCUAGUACACUUAACAACCAUAUAAAGAUACAUGUUAUGGACAAGGUGUACGUACCCGUUAAGAUAAAGACCGAGGAGGAAGAAGGAUGA